AUGCCGGGCACCGGAUACGGGCGAAUCAUCAAAGACAUGCACCCGACAGGCGGGCCAACUGGGGACACGGGCCUCAGAAGUUGGGCCAAGCUGUCCGUGCCGGAGAGAAGAAGUGGAACGUCCGGGACGGGCGGAAUGGCGGCCGAGAGGUGGAAUGUCUCAGACUUGGCCCGAAACGGCCGGCCAACCACGGUGCUGGUGGGCCCCGCCUUUUUGUGGCACCAUGCCAGAGACGAUGACGGAGCGAUUCUGGCCAAAAAGUUUGGUUGCUGGGCUCAUACCGACUCCUCGGAUUCGUUGUGCUUGACGCCGUGCCAGACGAGGGUGGAGUCUUCGGGCUUCCAUGCAGCUCAGCGAGUCACUCGGAACAUCUAA